AUGAUGAGAACUCUCUCAACUAUGUUGAUGCUCUCCGCUUCUCUCAUGGCAGCUGCUGUCGAUACUUGGGGAGGUGCUUGCUCCUUCGGUCCCACUAGCGCACACAUCAUCGAAUCCACCACCACACUAGUUGCUGGUAUUCCUCCACCAAACCAGAACGGUGCAUUGUUCCUAUGGCCCGGAAUGUCUAACGGCACUGGCGACCUUGUCCAGACCACCCUCGAAUCCUAUGCAGAUAACUCUUGGUGUGGCGCAAGCAAGAGCGAGUGGUGCGUCCGUGCGUCUGUUUUUGGAUGGUUUGGUCAGCGCGAUGGGCCUGCUGGAAUUGUCAAGGGUACCGAUGCUGUUACCAUGAACUACAAACUCCAAAGUAAUCGGAUGACCUGGAGACAGACCGUCACUAUUGACGGUAAAGUUGUUAGCACGCUCGACUCUGAAUCUGGACCAUACAUGAAAGGAUGGGGAACUGGAACCGAGUGCCAGGAAAACUGUAGCGGCACUGUCUCUGCUCAGAAAUACACCAACACCGUCAUCACUCUCGAUGCUGCUGACCCAAACUUUAGCAAGACGCUCGCUUGCUCCCAAGGCGCCACUGCCACCGGAAUUACCAGUGAGCAAGGCGGAAAGAUAUGGAAGAUUGCUAGCAUCAACGUUCCUGCCAUGGUUCGGUAG